UUAGUGAGAAAAAUAAUAUACAAAUGGCUCAAGACUCAACAGAUAUUAAAGAAACCAUUGGAAGUCUUGACGAUUAUGUUCUUUUGGGACGUAGUGGUUUGAGAAUUUCUCCCCUAUGCCUUGGCGCAUUGGGUUUAGGUUCUAAUUAUGAGGUGUCUAAGGAGAUUUUUGAUUAUUAUUACGAAAAAGGCGGAAAUUUUUUCGAUACUGCUAAUUUUUACAACUUUGGCGAGAGCGAACGGUUUCUUGGUGAAUAUAUCGCUGAUAAACGUUCUCAAGUUGUACUUGCCACCAAAUAUACUGCGAAUAGUACAGCUCUAAUGCCAAAUGUCAGAUACAAUCCAAAUGCUGGUGGAAACCACCGCAAAUCUCUUGUUGAAAAUAUCGAUGCAAGCCUUAAACGACUAGGCACUGGGUACGUUGAUCUCUUAUACGUUCACGUUUGGGAAUUUCGUACUCCUAUUGAGGAAGUAAUACGUUCUUUAGAUGAUGUGGUUAGAAGUGGCAAGGCACUCUAUGUCGCGGUUAGCGAUACACCAGCAUGGGUGAUUAGUCGUGCGAAUACAAUUGCCGAGCUUCGUGGUUGGAGCCCUUUUAUUGGAUGCCAAACGCGAUAUAAUUUAUUAAAUCGAUCCUUGGAAUAUGAUAUACAAUCUGCUUGUGCUGAACUUGAUGUGCGUAAAUAUAUUUUUAGUGCUGUUUAUUAUUGGAUUUUGAAAUGUGAUUGCAUAACUGACUUGUUAAUUUUUACUAUGAAGAUUGGAAUUAUUCCUUGGGGAUGUGUUGCUGAAGGAUUCUUGACUGGAAAACACACCAGAGAAUCGGUUGCCAACACAAGAAAUUCCGGUGAUAUGCGCGAUAUGCGAAAUAACGCAAUUAUGAGAUUAGGAAGCAGUGAAACAAAUUGGAAAAUCCUUGAUGAAGUUACAGCUAUUGCUGCUGAAAUCAAUAGAACUCCAGCUCAGGUUGCUUUAAAUUGGGUCGCACAAAAACCUGGCGUUACAUCACCUCUUAUUGGUGCUAGAACAAAAGCUCAAUUAAUUGAAAAUCUUAAGGCUCUUGAAUUCAAGUUGGAUGAUGUUUCGGCAUCAAGCGAAGUACCAUUUCCUUAUUCUUUAACAUUGAAUUUUGAUAAAUAUCUCGGUAAAGGGAUACAAACUCCUGACAAGUAUAAGGCUGUGCUUAAUACAUCGCAAAAGUCACAAGAAAAAUAUUAG